GACGUGGCAAUCGGUGCUGAUACGUGAAGUAUGGUAUCACAUCAAAGAGCGCAUACUCUAUAGUCGAGCGGUUUAAAUGCAUUUCCAGUCCAAUUCCAGUCUAAAGAGCACGAAAAGUGUCGAAAGUCCUGUUACGCCAUUUGUCUUGUCCAUUGAUCGUAAUAUUUCGAGUGGAUAUCGAGCAAUUUUUUCGUGUCAUUCAUUAAUAUCGGACAUAUUGUGAGAAAAAUGGCUGAACCUAUAAAUGUUGUGGUUACCGGUGCUGCCGGGCAAAUCGCCUAUUCUCUACUGUACCAGAUCGCGGCAGGUACAGUUUUUGGUCCUGAACAACCUGUUAAUCUUCGCUUAUUGGAUAUCCCAAUUAUGAUGAAAGUAUUGGAUGGUGUAGUUAUGGAAUUGGAGGACUUGGCACUUCCUCUAUUACGUGACAUUUUGCCAACGGCUGAGCCAGCCAAAGCCUUUGAUAACGCAGCAGCUGCUUUUAUGGUUGGCGCGAUGCCACGGAAAGAAGGAAUGGAACGUAAGGAUCUUUUGGCUGCGAAUGUAGAAAUUUUUAAGGUGCAAGGAGAAGCGCUAGACAAAUACGCCCGUAAGGAUGUUAAAGUGCUGGUUGUAGGCAAUCCUGCUAACACCAAUGCACUUAUCUGUUCACAUUAUGCACCAUCGAUCCCAAAGGAGAAUUUCACUGCAAUGACUAGAUUGGAUCAGAAUAGAGCGCAGGCUGCAUUAGCUACGCGUUUGAAUGUACAAGUUGAUAAAGUGAAGAAUGUCAUUAUCUGGGGCAAUCAUAGUUCCACGCAAUAUCCUGAUGCAGCGCACGCGACCGUAGCACAAUCAUCCGGUGCAAAACCCGUACCGUCCGAAAUCAACGAUGAUGAAUGGUUAAACAAGACCUUCGUGGAAAUGAUUCAGAAACGCGGCGCUGCCGUAAUAAUCGCUAGAAAAAUGUCUUCCGCUAUGUCUGCCGCGAAAGCUGCGGGGGAUCAUAUGAGGGACUGGUGGUUUGGUACUAAACCCGGAGAGUGGGUGAGCAUGGGCGUCGUGUCCGAUGGAAGUUACGGAAUUCCAAAAGACAUCGUCUUUUCUUUCCCUGUUAUUAUCAAGGACAAGAAAUACGAAAUUGUACAGGAUCUUCCAAUUAGCAGCUUUGCAAGAUCAAAGCUGAAUAUUACGUCUCAGGAACUGGAGGACGAACGCGUCGAGGCGAAAAAUGUAUUGAAAAAGUGACUAGCAGUGGUGCAGAAUGAUGAAACGCAAAUGGAAUUUGUAUCGGCAAAACUGUAAAGAAUAUUAUUAUAAUGCUGCGCAAGAUAUAUAUACGUAUAUAUAACAUAUACGUAUGUAUAUAUACUUCAAUGUAUAAACAUCAUGUAAAACAAUUAUUUUUUCAAUAGUAUAAUUAGAAAAGUAAUUUUGUAUACAUUUGAUGAAUCAUUGGUGCAAUGUAAAUGGUUACAGGUGUUAUUUGUGUAGACUGCAAGUUGGUUAAUUUAGCACGUUGAUAUAUAGUAUGUAUGAUAUAUAGGCUUUAUAUGAAAAAACAAAAACUUAUAUAUAAUGAGAUAUAUUGGAAAACAUGUUAUUAUACUUUA